CCGGUAGGAGCGCGCCGCCCGCGCCCGCCAGAGCAAAGCCCCGCCCUGUGGAGCCCUGCCCCUAGUCCGUGUUCCUGAGACCCCGACGGAGCGCGCGUAACCCCCCUCCCCGAAGAAGGGAGCCGUGCUGGCCUCCGAGAUGGCGGCCGUGGCAACGGCGUCCGGGCAGCAGCAGAGUGACUGCUCUUUCAGUACUCUAGAUUCCGGUCAACACUUUCAGUUUCAGAACUGGAUGAUUAAAGCUGAUCAAGCUAAGAAAGCUGAAUUCAUAAGAACAGCAGAAAAACUAAAAAAUCAACUUGUGAAUAUAGAAAAAGACAAAAAUGGCCAUCUCUACAGCAAGAAGAGUGAUUUCAGGGUGGAAUACAGCACACUGGAAGAACUGGAACAUAAAAUGACUAACAACAGGAAAGCUGAAAAAGCGAAAAUCCAGCAACAACUAGCAAAAAUACACAAUAAUGUUAAGAGACUUCAACGACAAUUGAAAGAUGUGAAGCCUACACCAGAAUUUGUUGAAAAGCUCAGGGAAAUGAUGGAAGAAGCUGAAAAUGCAAUAAAUGGUUUUAAAGAAGAACAGCGACUAAUAUAUGAAGAGCUUAUGAAGGCGGAGAAGACUGCUACUAAUGAGCUCAGUGCCUUACAGAAAAAAAUUGACACAUGGGCACUGGGUAGUUCAGCCAUAGAAAGAGUUUUCAAGUUGCCAUCAGGUAGGAUUCCAGUACACAAAACACUGCAAAAUCAUCUACCUGAAGAAGUAAUAGAAUUUGAAAGGUUCCUUCAGCAAACAGGAGGACGACAAGGAGGCUGGGAUGAUUAUGAUCAUCAACACUUUUUGAAAGUAUGGACAAAACAUAAAGGAAAGCCAUCCUAUAUAGAAGAAGCCCUUGAGUUUCUCUCUAGAAGAACAAAAGAGGAUAUUCAACAGCAUGAGACAUGGUAUCAAGAAUUUCUGAUUUUAGAGGAAAGAAAAAAAGAGUCUAUUGAAAAGUGGAAAAUGAAGAAGCAACAAGAAAAACAAGAAAUCUUAAAGCAGAAACAGAAGUCAGAGGAAAUGCUCAAGACAGAAAAUCUUCAACACGAAGCAGCUCAGAAGCAAAAAGCAGAGGAGGAAAGGAAAAAGCAACAAGCAGCAGUUGAAGAAUGGAAAAGACAUAAAGAAUUAGAAUUUGCAAUGAAACAAGCAUCUCGACAGAAAGAGGAAGAAGAGAGAGAGAAAAAGCAGCAGAAGGAACGCCAGCGCCAGUUCCAAUUGAAGCUACUGUUAGAAAAGUACACUCGGCAGAAGGAGGAACAGGAGACGCUCCAAAGACUUGAAAAGGAGAAGAGGGAGGAGGCUGAAAGGGAAGAGAGGAAGAGAAUUGCUGCAGAAGCAAUUUCUAAGUUUCAAGAGCGAGAUCUUCAUAAACUUGAACUAAAGAUUCUAGAAAAGCAGGCAAAAGAAGAGGAAAAAAUAGAAAAAGAAAAAAGACUGGCAAAGUUAAGAGAGAAGCUUUAUUCUUUCGGCUGCCUUCUUCUAAAAGGCAAUUAUUUUUUCCUGUCCAAAUGACCCCUUACAGCUGAAGAUUAUUUUUUUGUCAUGGCGAAAUAAUAAACAACCCACCUCAGAAUGGGAAAAAUCUUGGCUUUUUAUAGUGGAAAAAGCGCAUAAUUUUUGUUAAAAAGAACACACUUAUUUUCCUUUUGAAAUGUGUUUAAAUAGCUAUCUUUAGUGGUUUAAAAGCAGAUAAAGAUAUCAAAACACACAUGAACCAAGGCCAAAAAUUUUUAAUUAUGGAUGCCUGAAGUUAAGCACCUUAAUUCUUAUUUAGGCACUUAAAAUAAGUUGCCUGUUUUUCACAAAUGUUGAGCAUCCAGUAGCUGCUGCUCAUUCUGUCAAUUUAUAGUAGACGUCAGUCUUCAGGGUUCCAAUCCUGCACCUUUUUCCUGCACAAAUUUUACUAAGAAUUAAGAGAGGGGGAAAAUAUGUUAGACAGACUGUCCCUGCUCUUGUCCAUAAGCACAUGGAGCAAAAGCAUCAAUCCUGCAGUGAGCCCCAUGUGGGCCAAAGACUCCUGUUACAAAUGAGAUUUAUUGCAUUUCUUGGAAGGACUAUCAUACAGGCACACUCCUACCUUCCUUAUGCUGUUGAUCUAGCCAAUGUACUUAUUUCUUGUGACAAAUGGAAAGGCACUGUUUUUUCCUAUUGUUAGCCAGUAAUCUGGGUCUUACAAAUUUUGUUCUGUUAGGAGAAAUUGAUAAUGGAGUCCAGGUAUUUCUUUGAUGCAGUCCUGUUUAUUUACAAAGAAUGUACACAAAGUCCGGUUUUCCUGAAUGCACAAGGAAUCAAACAGUAGGAAACAGUUUCUUUGGUCACAGUUCCAAGCUGUUUUCCAGCCAGCAUUUUACCGAAAAGCGCUCUGUGUUUUUCUCAUGGUCACAUUAUAAGUCCUCCUCUGACUCAGUGUGGGGCUUCCUUGCUGUUUAAUCUGUGUGCUGCUCUCCUGUUUCUUGCUGCAUUACUCUCACACAGACAUACAGCUGCAAUCUAAUCAAUCCCCUGUCCAUGCAUUGUUUAUCAGAAAGGCACCCACUCCUCCACCACCACCACCCCCCCC